GUGUACACGUCACGGUCAUAGACCACCACUCUCCGCGCCCUGCAUGGCAGUGGAAAACCUACGCAGUAUCUAUCAACGAAGGAUGAUACACACAUCGAGAAAGCCCUUCACUAUUUACAAUUAGAUCAACCGGGAUAGUAAAGACUGCCUCCGGGACCUAGGCUACCAGAAGUUACUAUAUCCAAUGGGCGUCUUCAAGCUUUUAAAUACUUUUUAAAGCAUGUGCAUACAGGACUGUGCCGUUUUUUGGGGCGAAGACUUUACAUUUACAGCAACCGUAAUAUAAUUUGUAUUCCAGCUCUGAACUUUUGCCUAUAAACGCCAUGGUGUAAAAACGGCAUGUCUCGUUUCUUCUGGCCAUGAUGGAUUUUUGUUAGUUACAUAAAAGUACCACAAAGGAGCGGAAUGUAGCUCGCCUGUUUCUCCAACUCCCUGAAUAGGUGUUUUCGGUGCGUGCAGAACAAACCAGAAUCGUCCCUUACACUGGUGGGCAACUGUAACGCAAUUUGUAUCACAUUCUUUUUGGAAGCAGCAUUUGAUCAACGAGGAAUAUUCGCGGAAUAAGCAUUGCUGCCCCUUUAAAAAAAUGUUCGGCACAACAUUGUAGCUUGUUGUGCGAUCGUCGCAUCAAAGGUGAGGUGUUUUUAUUUUUUCCCUUUCGCUUAUUGCAUAAAGUGUUGUUUUUGUUUUCAAAGCCAAACGGUGUGUAAUCCACCGGGCUACUCUACUAAAAGUUCCGGUGCGUGUAGGAGCGUACAGUGAAAUCAUCAUGAGGAACAGCGAGGAGGCGGAGGGGUUUGAUGGCGAGGCCUCCAACACUUCCAUGAUCUCCGGAGCAAGUAGCCCAUACCAGCCCACCACCGAGCCCGUACACUCAAGGAAUGUUUUGGGUGGCAUUAGGUGUGACUUUGAAUACCUGAAGUCACACUUUGGCAUAUUAAAGGCCGUUGAAGUGGGUCUGGCCCUCAUAGCCUUCAUCUGCAUAGAGACCAUCAUGCUGUGUCUACCCUGUGGAGGGGUCUACUUCUUUGAGUUUGUCAGCUGCAGUGCCUUUGUAGUCACCGGCGUCCUCCUCCUCAUCUUCAGCCUCAGUCUGCACACCAAAGUGCCCCAAGUCAACUGGAGCCUGACGGACCUGGUCAACACUGCAGCCAGCACCUUCUUCUUCUUCCUGGCUUCUGUGGUCCUGGCUGCUCUCAACCACAAGUCUGGAGCCGAGAUCGCAGCAGUGAUAUUUGGCUUCCUGGUGACGUGUGUAUACGCUGUGAACACCUUCCUGGCGGUGAAGAGGUGGCGUAUAGGUGACGGGCACUCAGUGGCGGUCCAGACCAGUGAGUACAUGCGAGCCCGCACUGCCUCCCGGGGAGAGAUGGAGGCACGGCCUGACCUGGCCUGAAGGAGGUGACAUUCUGAGACCAAGACUGACAUUUAGGGCUUCUAUCCUACCAUACCCUCUCUCCCACUACCCCCUAGUGACAUAACCAAUCACUGUACCCACUCCAUGGAUGAGCACUGCAGCCUCUUUACUUGGGGGUCUCCUUUGGCGAGAGACCCUCAAGGCCUGGACUCAGAGCCCUAGCCCCCUGAGAGUACCAACACACAGACUGGCUCAGAGAUCUGCCUCUGUCGACGGUCAUCAAGAACAUUGACUUGAUAUAAAUUAAUUGUUUUUCUGGUUUUGAAUUCAGCGUGGUUUGAAAUCUUGCUCCAGUGUUUUGUAAAUGCUCUUGACUGUGUGACUUAGCCACUGGUAUCUAUGGCCACCAGCACAUACUGUACAGGGUUUGGUGGUUGUGUUAUUUGCAAUACGUACAGGUAGCACUGUCUGUUUUAGAAAUUGAAAGAUUUUUUUAAUACUACAGAUCUGACACACAAUGAGAACAACAAUUUAAUACAUUUAAUUGAUUUAUAUUUUUUUGAACAUGAACUUUUAAAAAAAGGACCAAAAGCUUAGGCCUAUUCGUUAUGGCAGGUUGAUCAGUUAUUACGUUUAUGAACUCCGAUACUCCUGAAACACAUUCCCAACACAGUUCAGUUCCACAAUUUCAUUACAUGUCAGUUGUCUCUCUCUCUGUAGAUGUAAAGUAACCAUCCUCAGUGUAUCUCACUAAUACACAACACCGAACCACAUGGACUUUUGAAGGAAGAUUGAAGGUAUUUGUUUUUUACUCAUUUUUAUUGAAAGACUUUUGAUUUACAGUUUCUUCAGAAAGUAUUCAUACCCGUUGACUUAUUCCAAAUUGUGUUGUGUUACAGCCUGAAUAAAACAUUGAUUAAA